AACACAAUAUACAAGUCGAUACUUUUUAAAUUCGAAAAUUGUGUAGCUCAUAAGAGGACUUAACAAUAUUUGCAGUUUCUCAUCGGUGCUAAUUAGGUGGAAUGGAAAUGAAACGUGUGGGCGCCGCAGAAACAGGCGAUGGGCCCGACGCUAAACGCCUUGCUCAAGAUGUAGAAGACCGGAUAUCCGCUGCGGCCAAUGUUGAACGGGUUGUAGAUAGUCUAUUAGCUGAGAGUAUUUCUCGUUCCUACUUACCGGCAACCAGCAUAAAUGUACCUUUUAUUGGUUCGCCAUCAAUGGAGUCAUGCGCUUUGACGAAGUCAUCGGUUGAAUAUAAUCAAUUUCUUCAAUGUUUUGAUCCAUUUGUGGCUCCAGAUCGAAAAACUUCUGCACAUGAUGGAAUGUCGGUGUCAAGACCGGAAAGCCGUGUCAAUAUGCAGGGAAAAUCAAAUUUGAGAGGCGCCCGCAGUGCUCCAAAAAUAGGGCGUCGCGAGCAAGGAACUCUACGGCGCCAGAAUGCCUUGCGAGCCCUGGCCUUGGAGCAUCAGCUUACCGAUAAACGGGCAACUCUGAACUCUGUGUUGAUCAUCCACUUCCCAGAUCCUGAAGUAUCUCCCCAAGCGGUGGCAACAUUUUCACAAGAUAUUCGCGAAGUUAUCUUCCCAGUUAACUUAAGUCCCCGUCAGUGCUGUGUUCAGCUGAAGCCGGGCGUGAAUGUUGAACGCACAAUCGCCAACCUUAAUCAGGUGGCAUUUGGUAACGGUUUCUUGAAGGCCGAGCUGAAACCUUUCACGGAUGAAGAGCUGGCCAGUAACAUCGAUCCAUUUUCGUUGUAUGUAAGCAACAUACCAUUUAAUAUGACCACCGCUGCAAUUAGGGCGCAUUUUCCAAACGCCCAGCGGGUCGAUAUCGGCAUUAUUAAGCGGGAGAAACGAGCUAGAUAUGCUUUCGUACGCUAUCCUAAUGUGGAUCUAGCCGCAGAGGCAUUUAAACAUUUAGUGAGCUCUCCCCUUGGAAAUAGGAAAUUGACAGUGCGAUAUCGCCGCCUGCGGAAGGACAAUCCUAUGCCAUCCUGGAACAACGGCACUUCGACUAUGACAAUCAACAUAACUGGCACCGACGAUGAAACGAUCGAAUGCCAAGUUAUUUCGGCACCGCCGGUAGAUUCGAUCAGAAUCAGCGAUACUGAUUCUAAUUUUUCCGACACCUGCAGCAUUUCCACAACUAAAAGCUCACCAGAUCGAAAAGUAAUGGUUAAACGGGAGAACAAUGAAAUACGUAAAAUAAAGCUACGAAUGUCGCAAUUGGAGAAAACGAUAAGGAAAAUGAAUACCGAGCCUGAAUAUAACGAAGGUGCAUCUCCAUCAUAUCAAAAGCAAAAUGUAUCUGGAACGAAAGAACGGCGACUGAGCGCCCAUUCGACAGUGGAAUUGAAGAAAAAAGAAGGAGAAAUACAGACAGCUACUUCAGUUCCAUAUAAGUCAAAGGAUAUCAACAGUGCCAACACAUGUACCAAAGACAAUGAAAAAGCUAAAUCAUCCGAUUGUUUUGGUUGGUUGUUUUCAGGUCUCGGUCGCCGUAAAUAUCCAAAAGCGCAAGAUUCACUAGCCAAAAAGGAUGGCCCCACUUUUAAAAAGCAUAUUGCGCAGCUGAAUACUGAUACAGAUGCGUAAACUCAAUCAAUUUGCAGUAAAUAUUUCAAAUUUUCAAGUUGAGUUCGAUCAAAAUUGCCCGUAAAGGAUCAUAGCAAGUGAAAAGCCAACGUUUAGAUAUAUACAUGUAACUUUUAAUUUGUUUUUCUGUUCUUAUGCGCACAUUUUAGGGUAUAAAAUAAAAUAAUUACACGUACGCAAA